AUGGUUGGUGAAGACGCUGUUCUGCCGUGUCAUCUCAAACCUCCUAAGGAUGCUUCUCGGAUGACUGUGGAGUGGGGCAGACAUGACCUGAAACCAAGAUUUGUGUUUGUGAGUCUUGAUGGCCAUGAACAUUCAGCUGACAAAAAUGAAGCCUACAAAGGAAGAUCAUCAAUGUCCCAUGAAAGUCUGAGGAAUGGAGACGUUUCUUUGAAACUCUCUGAUGUGAGACAUUCUGACAAUGGAAGAUACAGAUGCUUCUUACCGAAAGAGAAGAAAGAACAUUUUGUCGAGCUUGUUGUUGGGUCCGUCUCCUCGCCUGCUAUCAGUUUAGCAGAACUUGAUGCAAGCAACAGUGGAGUGAUGCUGGACUGCAGCUCUGCAGGCUGGUAUCCAGAACCUGAAAUCUUCUGGCUGGACGGGGAGGGAAGCAUCAUGUCUGCUGGACCUUCAGAGACAAACAAAGGUCCUGAUGGUCUCUACACUGUCAGCAGCAGAGUGACUGUGGAGAAGAGACACAACAACAACAUUACCUGCAGAGUCCAGCAGAAGGACAUCAACCAGACCAGAGAGACACACUUUUAUGUCCAAGAUGGUUCCUUCGUUCCUCAGCCUGACUGCAGUGUUUCUGUCAGCUUUUCUGUGAUUUUUGGCCUCAUGGUUCUUCUCGGAGCUGCUGCUUUCUGCUGGAAAUGGCAACAAUCUAGAAUCUGUGAGUUCAUAUAUUUUUUAUCAUACAAGGAGGUUUGA